GAAAAUAUGGAUCAGGCGGAGAAUCAAACAAGGGUGACUGAGUUUUAUUUCUCUGAUUUCCCUCAGUUUGAGAAUGGCAGCCUCUUACUCUUCAUCCCUUUGCUCUUUAUUUAUGUGUUUAUUAUUGUUGGAAAUUUCAUGAUCUUCUUUGCUGUCCAGCUGGACACACGUCUCCACAAUCCCAUGUAUAAUUUCAUCAGCAUCUUCUCCUUCUUGGAGAUUUGGUACACCACAGUGACCAUCCCCAAGAUGCUCUCCAACCUGGUCAGUGAAAAAAAGACCAUUUCUCUCAUUGGCUGCCUCCUGCAGAUAUAUUUUUUCCACUCACUUGGGGUCACGGAGGCCUUUUUCCUCACGGUGAUGGCCAUCGAUAGGUACAUCGCCAUCUGCAACCCCCUUCACUAUGCAAUCAUUAUGACCCCUCGUCUGUGCCUCCAGCUCUCUGUUGGCUCGUGUGUCUUUGGCUUCCUCAUGCUGCUGCCAGAGAUUGUGUGGAUGUCUACCCUUCCCUUCUGCGGCCCCAACCAAAUCCAUCAACUCUUCUGUGACUUUGAACCUGUGCUGCGCUUGGCCUGUGCAGACACAUCCAUGAUUCUGGCUGAAGAUGUGAUCCACGCGAUUGGCAUCCUGACUUCCGUCGGUAUCAUCACCCUCUCCUACAUCAGAAUCAUUGCUGUGAUCCUGAGGAUUCCAUCAGGUGAGAGCCGUCGGAAGGCAUUCUCCACCUGUGCAGCCCACAUCUCUGUUUUCUUGCUGUUUUUUGGUAGCGUCGGGCUCAUGUACUUACGCUUCUCUGUCCCAUUCCCACCACUGAUGGACAAGGCCACUGCAGUGAUGUUUGCUGUCUUUGCCCCACUUUUCAACCCGGUAAUCUACAGUCUGAGGAACAAAGACAUGAAAGACGCCAUCAAGAAAGCCUUCUGUCCUCAAAAAAUGUUCAGUGUCUCUGGAAGCCCAUGA